CCGGGAUGACUGUUCAGCUGCGGCGGGGAGUGGCCUCCCUCCGGUCGACACGACGAGUAAAUGACACCAGCACUUGCUCUUAGAUUUGUUUCUUUUUUCUUUCUUUUAGCUUCCAUAAUGUUACCGGGCGCUAACGCAAACCCACGCCGGGCAGGAGAGCUCGGAGGGCGGCUAAGAUUUCAAGGAAGACCCCCCCUGCGCAGACCUCCACUGGGCCGGGAUGACUGUUCAGCUGCGGCGGGGAGUGGCCUCCCUCCGGUCAACACGACGAGUAAAUGACACUAGGGCGCUGACGCAAACCCACGCCGGGCAGGAGAGCUCGGAGGGCGGCUAAGAUUUCAAGGAAGACCCCCCCCUGCGCAGACCUCCACUGGGCCGGGAUGACUGUUCAGCUGCGGCGGGGAGUGGCCUCCCUCCAGUCGACACGACGAGUAAAUGACACCAGCACUUGCUCUUAGAUUUGUUUCUUUUUUCUUUCUUUUAGCUUCCAUAAUGUUACCGGGCGCUGACGCAAACCCACGCCGGGCAGGAGAGCUCGGAGGGCGGCUAAGAUUUCAAGGAAGACCCCCCCCGCGCAGACCUCCACUGGGCCGGGAUGACUUUUCAAAGCUGCCUCUGCAGCUGCGGCGGGGAGUUGCCUCCCUCCGUUGGACACGACGAGUAAAUACACCAGCACUUGCUCUUAGAUUUGUUUCUUUUUUCUUUCUUUUAGCUUCCAUAAUGUUACCGGGCGCUGACGCAAACGCACGCCGGGCAGGAGAGCUCGGAGGGCGGCUACGAUUUCAAGGAAGCUAUUUAGGAAAAUCUGAGAUAAAUAUAAUUUGCAUAAUAAUUUGGAACACGGUCCCGUGUUCCAAAUUAUUAUGCAAAAUGUAUUUAAGUGUCAUAAAGAUUACAUUUUUUGUUUUUCAAGUAAACUCUCGGUAUUGUAUGACUCUUUAAAUGACUGAAAUCAACCUCAGUUAUGUGAUAGUCACAUGAUAGUCUGCCAGGUGAGCGCAAUUAAGGAAAGUCUAUUUAAGUUCCGCGUUUUUAAGCGUUCGGCCAUUUCAUUCAACCAUGGGGAGGAAAAAGGAUCUCUCUGCUGUUGAGAAGCGUGAAAUCGUUCAAUGCCUUGGACAAGGUAUGCAGACAUUCGAUAUUUCACGAAAACUUAAGCAUGACCAUCGAACUGUAAAGACAUUCGUCGCUGAUUCGGAGCACACGCGGGUUUGUGCAGAUAAAGGCACGACGAGGAAGAUUUCUGCAAGACAAAAACGUCGAAUCAAGAGGGCGGCUGCUAGCAUGCCACUACAGACGAGCAAACAAAUAUUCGACGCUGCAUGUGCCGGUGAAGUCCCACGAAGGUCGAGGUGUAGGAUCCUCCAGAGCCUUGCAGUUAUGCGGAAACCCUCCAUUCGGCCACCCCUAAACAACGCGAACAAGCAGAAACGGCUGCAGUGGGCCCAGGAUUACAUGAAGACUAAUUUUCAGACAGUCCUGUUCACUGAUGAGUGCCGUGCAACCUUGGAUGGUCCAGAUGGAUGGAGUCGUGGAUGGUUGGUGGACGGUCACCAUAGCCCAACAAGGCUGCGGCGUCAGCAAGGAGGUGGCGGAGUCAUGUUUUGGGCCGGAAUCAUGGGGAGAGAGCGGCUUGGCCCCUUUAGGGUCCCUGAAGGCGUGAAAAUGACGUCUAUAAAAAUGGCGACAAAUAUGAUUUGCGGGAAAGUAGUGGCAAUGAGGAGUGCUCUGCGUGCAAGGAGCUGGAUUUGUGCAGCUGAUGGCACCUUGUCAAUGCACGGCCAGCACAAUAAUGUAACUGUUGCCCUCUGUGACGGGCUCCUCACCAAACCCGCCUCAAAAAUCUUCAUGGCGGCCGAAGUGCAAACCAGCCCACAGCUGGAAGAAGAGGCCAGGGCCCUGGUAUACCCCAACUCAGUGGCAUCAUCUCCUCAGGAGGUAGUGAAUAAACUACCUGAGGAGAUGGUGUCACUGGAUGGCGUGAUAACCGAUAUGCGUCCUAUCCGCAUGGUGCGCCAGCGAGGGAACCACCUGGCACCAUUUCGACAUUUGACGCUCAAAAAAGAUGAAGCCACUGUCAAAAUUGGACUUUGGCGGGAGGCUAACCUCGUAGAGCUGAAGGUAGGGGGUUCCUUCGUGUUCACCCACCUGAGUGCCCAGGCGACCGAGUCGGGAGUCAUGCUCCACUCGACAACGUACACGGAUGUAAAGGCCUGCAACUCCAGCCUCAUCAUUACCGUCGUUGGUAUACUCUAUGGGGAAGAGGUGGUGGAUGUUGUGUCGGAUUCGGGGGAAGUGACAGUCAUCAAACUUGAUAUCUGGCAAAAAACCUUCAGCCAGCCCCCCCAUAUCCCACAAGAUGGGAUGCCCAUUACUGUCACCCGUGUGCAGGGUGACGUGACAAAGAUUGAAUGUGUGAAUGAAUGCAUGAAUGAAUGAAUGAAUGAAUGAAUGAAUGAAUUGUUCAAAACAAUUGAAUGUUUGCAAUUUAUUGAAUGCAUGAAUGAAUGGUGAUAAAUAAAUGUUACAUGUUCACUUUUCGAACAACAAAGGACACUGAUGUGUUUGUUUUAUUGAUUUGUUAACACUGACUAUCUCUUUUAUGUAAUGCGUUUGUGCAUUAGUUUGUGGCCUUCUAUUUUCAUAUGUUUCAGAUUCCAUUUGGGAAGGUUAGUGGAUGUAGUUUAUCUUUGAGAGAGCUCUUAUUUUACUCAAUUAACAUACUACAAAUGAGCAAACAAUAUGAUAUCAAACUGGUUACUUUAAAUUUGUACAUAUAAUAUUCAUAACACUUCUAAUUUCUACAUUUUUCCACCGAUUCAACUUGUUCCAACUUUCAACUGUUCAUCUUUUGCCUACCUAUUCCACAACUUCCCACUUACCAAAAACGUCACAUCUUUCAUUUUGAAAUUCAACCCAAAUUCUCUCAAAUUCCAUUUUUCUACUCUAAUUUCUACAUUUUUCAACCGAUUCAACCCAUUCCAACUUUCAACUGUUCAUCAUUUUUCUACCUAUUCCACAAUUUCCCACUUACCAAAAAUUUCACAUCUUUUAUUUUGAAAUUCAGACCCAAUUCCUUUUUCCGUUCUCAUUUCUACAUUUUUCAACCGAUUCAACCCAUUCCAACUUUCAACUCUUUAUCUUUUGCCUACCUAUUCCACAAUUUCCCACUUACCAAAAACCUCACAUCUUUUAUUUUGGAAUUCAACCAAAAUUUUCUAAAAUUUCGUUUUUCUACUCUUAUUUCGACAUUUUUCAACCGAUUCAACCCAUUCCAACUUUCAACUGUUCAUCAUUUUCCUACCUAUUCCACAUUUACCAAAUACUUCACAUCUUUUAUUUUGAAAUUCACUCCCAAUUCCUUUUUCCCUUCUCAUUUCUACAUUUUUCAACCGAUUCAACCCAUUCCAACUUUCAACUGUUCAUCAUUUUUCUACCUAUUCCACAACUUACCAAAGAUUUCACAUCUUUUAUUUUGAAAUUCACACCCAGUUCCUUUUUCCCUUCUCAUUUCUACAUUUUUCAACCGAUUCAACUCGUUUCAACAUCAUUCUGCAGCAUUCCUUAAAUAUUUAUUCAACUUCUUCACCUUCACACGCAAUUCCUUCAGGAAUUGCAAAUUCUAGUUAGUGUGAAGGUCUUCACCUAUUGUUAUUCCUGUACUUUAUUAGUGUGAAGGUGAAGACCUUCACACUAUUGUUAUUCCUGUCCUUUAUUAGUGUGAAGGUGAAGACCUUCACACUAUUGUUAUUCCUGUCCUUUAUUAUUAUUAGUGUGAAGGUGAAGGCCUUCACACUAUUGUUAUUCUACAACAUUUUGCGCUACCUUUUCGUUAGCUUUCUUUGGCGCUUAACUAGUUCCACAUACUUCAACCGAUUCACUCCAUUCCACUUUUCACUUAUUCCAAAAAUUCAUGGCAUGGGUGCUCACAGUUUUCUCGUUCCAAAAAUUUUCCGUUUUCACAUAAUUCACAAAUUUAUGGCGAUUUUUGCCCCAUUCAUUCUUAAUGGCAGAUUCAACAUUUCACAUUUACGUUGUUCCAGUUUGAUAUUCACAUAAUUCAACACAUUCAAAUCACAUUGGGGACAUUCCCAAACUUGCCAAAUUCAAAAUUUUCACGUUUUCACUUUUAAAAUUUGCAUAAAAUUUUGCAAAAUUUCAUAAAAUUUCGUUUUUCACUUCUAACUUAUACAUUUUUCCACCGAUUCAACUCGUUCCAACUUUCAACCAUUCAUCUUUUGCCUACCUAUUCCACAACUUCCCACUUACCAAAAACUUCACAUCUUUUAUUUUGAAAUUCAACCUAAAACUUCACAUCUUUUAUUUUGAAAUUCAACCCAAAUUCUCUAAAGUUUCCUUUUUCUACUCUAAUUUCUACAUUUUUCAACCGAUUCAACCCAUUCCAACUUUCAACUGUUCAUCAUUUUUCUACCUAUUCCACAACUUACCAAAUACUUCACAUCUUUUAUUUUCAAAUUCAUUCCCAAUUCCUUUUUCCCUUCUCAUUUCUACAUUUUUCAACCGAUUCCACCCAUUCCAACUUUCAACUGUUCAUCAUUUUUCUACCUAUUCCACAAUUUCCCACUUACCAAAAACUUCAUCUUUUAUUUUGAAAUUCACACCCAAUUCCUUUUUCCCUUCUCAUUUCUACAUUUUUCAACCGAUUCAACCCAUUCCAACUUUCAACUGUUCAUUAUUUUUCUACCUAUUCCACAACUUCCCAUUUACCAAAAACUUCACAUAUUUUAUUUUGAAAUUCACACCCAAUUCCUUUUUCUCUUCUCAUUUCUACAUUUUUCAACCGAUUCAACCCAUUCCAACUUUACACUGUUCAUCAUUUUUCUACCUAUUCCACAACUUCCCACUUACCAAAAACUUCACAUCUUUUAUUUUGAAAUUCACACCCAAUUGCUUUUUCCCUUCUCAUUUCUACAUUUUUCAACCGAUUCAACCCAUUCCAACUUUCAACUGUUCAUCAUUUUUCUACCUAUUCCACAACUUACUAAAAACUUCACGUCUUUUAUUUUGAAAUUCACACCCAAUUCUCCAAUAUUUCCUUUUCCCGUUCUCAUUUCUACAUUUUUCAACCGAUUCAACCCAUUCCAACUUUCAACUGUUCAUAAUUUUUCUACCUAUCCCACAUUUUUUUUAACCUAUUCCACAACUUACCAAAAACUUCACAUCUUUUAUUUUGAAAUUCACCACAAAUUCUCCAAAUAUUCUACAUUUCUCCAGUAAUUCAACAUGUUUCCACAUCGUUCGGCAGCAUUCCCCGAAGAAGUUAUUCAUACAUUUCGCCUUCACACGCAAUUUCUCCAGAAAUUGCAAAAUUCUAGUUACAAAGGAAACUUUGACUUUGAAGAAACCUCUAUGACGUUUCUUUGAUAAGUGCAUGUUGCAUUUGGUGUAAUGGCAUGAUACUGACUGAGUCUUUUCUGGAUCAACAGAAGCAAAUUCGAAAAAUGGCAACCCCAGAAAACACUCCUCAAGA